AUGACAUUCCCAAUAGAGAACACAAAGGUUGAUCAGCACUCAGGUCCUCGAGAUCCCUUCACCAGUUGUCGACAUCUGGAUGAAUUAAUCGAUAUACCACCAAACGAAACGAACGAGCACAACUUUUCAAAUGCACCGAAAACUAAGACCCCAUCGACCAAUCUACGCAGCAAUCAGUUGCAUGAGCCAAAGACUGUGACAACUUCGGUGCUUCAACAAAACGUUUUUCAUCGCAUACUGUAG